GGAUAAGAGAGAAAGAGACAAAAGCUGUUUACCAUUUGAAGACUCAAAGAAUUUUAUUUUCUUUUAUUUUUUUGAAGUAAAUUUGGAAAAAAGAAGCUUAGAACAAGAAAGAAAAUCAUUGUUUGCUUGGUUUUUUCUUUCUUCAACUUGCAUGAGACACAACAGGUUUAAAUACUAAGUGAGCAAAGGUUUACCCCAACUUGAAGCAUCCUUUGAGGACUAGUUGCUGCAGACACCAGACAGGAGCUGUUCGAUGCAGAUUGGAAGUCAAAUGCCGCUUUUUCAUCUUGAGAACUAGUUGCUGCUGGAUAUCUAGCUUAGUACUGAAUUUGCUUUGCUGAUAUUAAGCUCAGGGUGAAGUGGCAUAGCAUGAUUCUUGUGUUGUAAUUUAAGUUGCUGGUGUGGAUGUUUGUUCCACUGGACUUAUGUAGCAUUUUAAGGAUAUCUUCCGGAUAGUGAAGCCUGUAUUGGAUAUGAGAAUGCUUGAGGAGACAUGCUCGAGCCAAGGGAAGCUGAUAUACCUGCGUUGUUUCUGGUCUUGGUGGUGCUUCCUCUUGUUGCUUACUUCUUACUCGGGAAAUGGAGUGAGGCUUCAAAGAAACAAGAACAGAUAAGUUUACUUGCUCAGCUUGCUGCCGAAGAAGCUCUUAGAGCUGAAACAAUGGCUGCUGCCAGUGUUAUUCCGCUUGUUCCUUCUUCAAAGAAUGGAUUACAUGCAUGUGCCUGGUGCUUUGGUCCUGCGACAACUCGCUGCUCGAGAUGCAAGGCUGUCAAAUAUUGUUCUGGGAGGUGCCAGAUUAUUCAUUGGAGGCAAGUACAUAAGCAAGAAUGCCUGCAGUUAGAGAAUACAAGCUCAAGUUCAUCUCCUAGUGUUGCCUCGUUUGGAGAAUCUGCACUACUCGGUGACAACAUGAAUUCACAGUUCUUUGGGUACAUUAAUAAGCAGGCUAUCAUCAAAACAGCACCUUUAGAUCAUACAAAUAUUUGUCCAUUAACCACUGUUGUAUUUGCUAACAGGGAUUGUUCUACGGUUGAUUCCUCUCAAGACAGUCUGGCUGAUAUGAGAAGUACAGAGAAGAGAAUUCCUUGUAAAUCCAACAAAGACAUGUUGCAAAGAGAGGAUGCAACUAUAUUUGAUUCUUGUGAGGAAACCUCAAGGACUAGAGCUAGUAGUUCGGCAUCUAAUAAUAUUUCUUUGAAAGAGGCUUUUAUAAGGCAUAAGUUGAGAACUAGUGGAUUUGUCGAAUCGGAAGAGGGUAUGUUAAGGCCACAAAAUGCCAAUGGCUCAACUAUGCAUACUCAGAGACAAAAUGCAAGUAUGGUCAUGCAUGAGAAUCAUAAACAUCAAAGCCAAUGCGGAAAUAAGUCUGAACCAAAAAGCAACUAUAAAUUUUCCUGCCCACCAUAUUCUGCAAAAGAUGGUCUGAGUGCACGUGAAGCUGAAAAUGCAUUAUUCCAGAGUUCAGAGAAUUUAGUCAAUCGGGAAAAUGGUUAUAGUGGCGAAUCAGUAGAAUUAGACUGUUCUGGGAUGACAGCCGUGAAGGAAUGCACAAAAGCUAGAAGUUCGGUGCAUUCCUUAGGACCCAAAAUCUCUAAAUCACCUAAAUUAGCAGCGAAAGUGCCCGGAGAACAAUUAUUAGGACCCAAAAUCUCUAAAUCACCUAAAUUAGCAGCGAAAGUGCCCGGAGAACAAUUAUGUCCGGAAAUGGGGAGGAAGGGACAAAUUCCAAAUGAAUUAAAAGUUUCGGGAAUGGCGGGUGCCAUUCCGGCACAAGGAACCAAUGGGGCAGCUAGCGGUGGAAUUAUGGAGAUGAUGGGUUUAAAGAAGUCAACAAAGCCUGCCAGGAGCAGUUUUUCUGUGCUUUGUGGCGAGAGACGGAAGAAAAUAAAGACGCUGUUUCCUUAUGAAGAAUUUGUAAAAUUUUUCCAGUGUGAAGCCUUCGACUUAUCACCAAGGGGACUUCUAAAUAUAGGGAACAGUUGUUAUGCCAAUGCUGUUCUGCAGUGUUUAACCUGCACAAAGCCUCUCAGCAUCUAUUUGCUGCGUCAAUCACAUUCAAGAGCCUGUUAUGGGAAAGAUUGGUGUCUUAUGUGUGAGCUUGAACAACAUGUGAUGUUGUUAAGAGAGAGUGGGGGCCCCUUGUCUUCUACUAGGAUCCUUUCGCACAUCCGAAGUAUUAAUUGUCAGAUGGGUGAUGGAAGCCAGGAAGAUGCACAUGAGUUCUUGAGACUCCUGGUUGCUUCAAUGCAAUCCAUAUGCUUGGAGAGAUUAGGUGGGGAACACAAGGUUGACCCGAGGUUGCAAGAGACGACAUUUAUACAACAUACUUUUGGUGGGCGUCUUCGAUCAAAGGUAAAAUGUCUACGAUGUUUUCAUGAGUCGGAAAGAUAUGAAAACAUUAUGGAUCUUACUUUAGAGAUAUAUGGUUGGGUUGAAUCAUUGGAAGAUGCACUAACUCAGUUUACGACACCCGAAGAUUUGGAUGGCGAAAACAUGUACCGGUGUGGAAGGUGUGCCAGUUAUGUUCGGGCUCGUAAGCAGUUGUGCAUAGAUGAGGCUCCUAAUAUACUGACAAUUGUCUUAAAGCGGUUUCAGGAGGGAAAAUAUGGGAAAAUAAACAAGUGUAUCACUUUCCCCGACAUGCUCGACAUGGUUCCUUUUAUGACUGGAACAGGUGACAUCCCCCCACUUUACAUGCUUUAUGCUGUUGUGGUGCAUUUGGAUACCCUGAAUGCAUCUUUUUCAGGACAUUAUGUGUCAUACGUAAAAGAUUUGCGAGGCAACUGGUUCAGGAUAGAUGAUACUGAGGUAUGUCCAGUCUCAAUGAGCCAGGUGAUGUCUGAGGGCGCAUACAUCUUAUUUUACAUGAGGUCAUGUCCUCGUCUUCAAAGAGAAUUCACUGAAAAGAGCAUACGGAAGCAAGUUCCUACUAGGCACCUCGUAUCAAAAACCGAGAGGCCUUCACGAGCAGCACAAAGUAAAUCUGGCAACUGCUCUGUUGGCCCCAAGCAUGUAUCAGAUUUCAGUCCCAGAACUGCAACCGGUUGUUACAACCACAAUGGUAAUGACAUUCUUAGGCAGAGCACAAAUGGUAACAUUCCUGAUCCUAUUAACAUGGAGUUCUCCGAUGCUACAUCAAGUGAUUGGUCCCUUUUCACAAGCUCAGACGAGGCAUCUUUCACAACGGAGAGUGCUAGAGACUCAUUCAGUACCGUAGAUUAUGCUGAUGCAAGCAAUGGAGAUACGUUCUCAAUCUUCAAUAACUUAUCAACACCGGAAUCCUCCUCUUACAACACGGUUUCUUGUAGAAUGUUUUCUACUAGUAGACCCUAUACUCGGUUUGCGUUAGAGGAGACAGGUUAUGUUUACGAUUCAUACUCAUCUAUGCAACCCGACUUUGGGUAUCACGAGAACCUGGAACAGGUUAGUGAUUCGUUGUCCGAAUUUUCUUUAGCCAGUGACUAUGGCUUGUUUGUAAAAUACGGGAACAACCCGAAAAAUAGUCUUGAUAGAACUGCUAAUUAUGAACCCUACUAGUUCAUGGAAAUUCCUACUGAUAAUUGUUUUACUCCAUUUUUGUUUUCAA